AGAGCUCGAGCGGCGGCUGCGGGACUGCGGGGCGCGCUGACUCUUCCUCCACCCUCCUCAGCCUGCCGGCCUCAGCCCUCGAACCCCGGGGCUCCCCUGGCUCCCCCGCUUCUUCCCCGAGCCCUGGUCCUAUGGCAGCAGCCUCCCGCGCGUCUCCAGCGCUCAGCCUCCGCGGACCACCCUCUCACUCCCGGGACUGAGCUGGGUCACUGGAUGUUGCUGAAACUCCCGGGAUCAUGCGCCGACUUGGCUGCUGCUUCCCCGCCCGGUGCCUGUGCUGCCGCCGCCGCUGCUGCCACCGUCCGCGGGAUGCCCAGUAGCCCGCUGCCCGGCCCCCGCGACCCUGUGUUCCUCGGAAGCCGUUUGCUGCUGCAGAGUUGCGCGAACUAGUCAUGGUGCUGUGGGAGUCCCCGCGGCAGUGCAGCAGCUGGACACUUUGCGAGGGCUUUUGCUGGCUGCUGCUGCUGCCGGUGAUGCUUCUCCUCGUAGUCCGCCCGGUGAAGCUCGCAGCUUUCCCUACCUCCUUAAGUGAUUGCCAAACGCCUACCGGCUGGAACUGCUCUGGUUAUGAUGACAGAGAAAAUGAUCUCUUCCUGUGUGAUACCAACACCUGUAAAUUUGAUGGAGAGUGUUUAAGAAUUGGAGACACUGUGACUUGCGUCUGUCAAUUCAAGUGCAACAGUGACUACGUGCCUGUGUGUGGCUCUAAUGGGGAGAGCUACCAGAAUGAAUGUUACCUGCGGCAGGCUGCGUGCAAACAGCAGAGUGAGAUCCUUGUGGUAUCAGAAGGAUCAUGUGCCACAGAUGCAGGAUCAGGAUCUGGAGAUGGAGUCCAUGAAGGCUCAGGAGAAACAAGUCAAAAGGAGACAUCCACCUGUGAUAUUUGCCAGUUUGGUGCAGAAUGUGAUGAAGAUGCUGAAGAUGUCUGGUGUGUGUGCAACAUUGACUGCUCUCAAACCAACUUCAAUCCCCUCUGUGCUUCUGAUGGGAAAUCUUAUGAUAAUGCAUGUCAAAUCAAAGAAGCAUCAUGUCAAAAACAGGAGAAAAUUGAAGUCAUGUCUUUGGGUCGAUGUCAAGAUAACACAACGACAACUACUAAAUCUGAAGAUGGGCAUUAUGCAAGAACAGAUUAUGCAGAGAAUGCUAACAAAUUAGAAGAAAGUGCCAGAGAACACCACAUACCUUGUCCAGAACAUUACAACGGUUUCUGCAUGCACGGAAAGUGUGAACAUUCCAUCAAUAUGCAGGAGCCGUCUUGCAGGUGUGAUGCUGGUUAUACUGGACAACACUGUGAAAAAAAGGACUACAGUGUUCUGUAUGUCGUCCCUGGUCCUGUAAGAUUUCAGUAUGUCUUAAUUGCAGCUGUGAUUGGAACAAUUCAAAUUGCUGUCAUCUGCGUGGUGGUCCUCUGCAUCACAAGGAUUAAAGUGUAGGUAACAGCACUGGACUAAGAUUUGUAAACUUUCCAACCUUCUAGGAAAUGCCCCAGAAGCAACAGAAUUCACAGACAGAAGCAAAAUACAGGGCACUACAGUUCAGACAACACAACAAGAGCGUCCACGAGGUUAAUUUAAAGGGAGCAUGUUUCCACAGUGGCUGGACUACCGAGAGCUUGGACUACACAAUACAGUAUUAUAGACAAAAGGAUAAGACAAGAGAUCUACACAUGUUGCCUUGCAUUUGUGGUAAUCUACACCAAUGAAAACAUGUACUACAGCUAUAUUUGAUUAUGUAUGGAUAUAUUUGAAAUAGUAUACAUUGUCUUGAUGUUUUUUCUGUAAUGUAAAUAAACUAUUUAUAUCACACAAUAUAGUUUUUUCUUUCCCAUGUAUUUGUUAUAUAUAAUAAAUACUCAGUGAUGAGAAAAAAUUGGCAGUCUUAAAUUUGCUGUAUCUCAAUAACUCUAAAUACAGACACACUAGUACUGUCUAUUCAGGUGCCAGUAUUUCAUCAUUCUCCCCAUCCUGAGACAGAGCAUUAGUUUAUACAGGACUCGAUGGCUAGGUUUUGGGUGAUUCCAAGAUCAAGGGAAAUGAUAGUUAUUGGAAAAGAGAGAAAAUAAUUUACUUUAUAUCGACUGAGGAUAAAAUAUUUCAGAUCUUUGAAUCAUCUCUAUUUCAUCAAGUUUCUUCCCUAGUCUUCCAUUUUCAUCCCCAGAGCAGAAAAAUCUCUGGCAUAUAAAUUAAAUGAAAGGUGAAGGGGGGGGGAGUGUUUUAUAACUCAUAAAGGAGAGGGGAAAAGAUAUUGGUUUUUAUUUGGGAAGUAGUUUAGAAUCUUCCAGUAAAGCAUAUAUACCCGAAGGGUCCUUGAGCAAGAUAUUUCUCAGAGUGGCAAAAUUUAUUCCAUUUAUGUGAGUGAAAUUAACAACUAAGAGGAAAACUUAAUAAAGUUGUUAAAUUUGAAAGAUCAAGUUGUGAAUUCUUAGAAGAAUUUUGUCUAUGCUUGUAGUAUAUAGUUCUUUGGAAAGAAUCUAGAAUUAAAGCUAAAUGUCUCCUGAAUAGCGUUAUGGUUAUUGUGGCACUAUUCCUUGAAACAGAACAAUGUUAAUAUUUCAUAAAAACAGAAACCUGUGUUUAAUGUGUUGGUAUGAGGAAUAAGAAAAGAAAAUUUAAUCCCAUCGCAUCAGAAAAACCUAAGUGGGAAGUUGGCUUGUAUUUUUAUUGGUUCAGCUGAGGUAUACAAGUAGGUUUAAUCACUUUGUUUAGAAAAACUAAACUGUGAAGAUUCUCAAAGGUUAGAUAAGGUGAAUAUUAUAUUAAAUAAUUGCCUUAUUAUCAAUUACUUCUGCAUAGAUUUUCAUGGCUACUAUAGUAAGUCUAAAUAAAGUUGUUUGUCUCCUUCAAA